UCAACAACAUCGUUUCCAGUCCCUUUGAGAUCAAAACGCUAAACCCUCACCCAAGGAAAACAGAAAACGCUUUCCAUUUACCAGUUUUCAACUUCAAUUUUCAUGGUUAUUGAAAGCUUAUUUUAACGCAACAAAAUCAAGUUUUCGUCUCUGAGAGAGAGAGAGGGGCAGCGAAACCUUCCAGAAAAUGGAGGCUGCUGGUAAUGGCAAAGAGAGAGAAGAAGAAGAACAGGAUGGCAUGUCCGUACAUUCUCCUUGUAAAGCUCCUCCUUCUUCUGCUUCCUCUCUCCCUAAGGAGCAAUCACAGGAUGAAUUGGAGCUUAGACUAUUAGAAGCUCUUGAAAUUUAUCCUCCGGUCAAACUACAAGGCAUGCAUCGCCACUUUGUUCUUUAUGGUCUAAUGGAAUUUCUGCGUAGAAGCUUUGAUCGAUAUUUUUCGCCUGAUGAGGUUUUGCAGUUGCUGGACCGUUUCUACAACAUAGAAAUGCUGAAACCAGAUGAUGAAGAGUCAGAAAUCCUGAGUCAUGAAGAAGAUUUUGCCUUGCCUCAAAGUUAUUUUGUUAAGGAAGAGUAAUAGCUCACAAUUCUGUCAUGUGUCAUUUCUGGACUGACUCAUUCUUGCUUGUGUUCUCAAAAUGUUG